AUGGGUCGUCUUAUAGGCCGACUCUUCGUUGGGUUCACGUUGUGUCUGAUCUGUUUCAUCGCGUACUCGGCGCAGAUCUUCAUAAUAUGGCCAUGGUACGGCCACGAGCUCUCCAUUGAACUGCUUGUUCUAUUGGUUCCAUUCAAUCUGCUCGUAGGGAUGUUGCUAUGGAACUAUUACCUCUGUGUGGUGACAGAUCCUGGCAGGGUACCACCAGCGUGGCAACCUGACCUGCAGGAUGGCGACGGUUAUGAAGUGAAGAAAAACACGCGAGGACCCCGAUAUUGUCGCACAUGCGAGAGCUACAAGCCUCCUCGCGCACACCAUUGCAAGCAAUGCAAAAGGUGUAUACUGCGUAUGGAUCACCACUGUCCAUGGGUAAAUAACUGUAUUGGCCAUUUCAACUAUGGCCAUUUCCUGCGCUUCCUAUUCUACGUCGAUAUCGCGUGCUCAUAUCAUGCCGCGAUGGUCACUCGUAGAGUGUAUGUCGCUUCCGUGGGCAAUUAUUUUGAUUACCUGAGCGGAACUGAGCUCAUUUUUAUUAUUUUGAACUAUGUCACCUGCUUGCCAGUGCUGCUUGCAGUCGGUGGAUUCAGUCUCUAUCACCUAUAUUCUCUCCUAGGCAACAGUACCACGAUAGAAGGAUGGGAGAAGGACAAGGCUGCUACCCUUGUCAGGCACGGCAAAAUCCGGGAGAUCAAGUUUCCUUACAACCUCGGCAUGCGACUUAACGUUGAAUCCGUGCUUGGAGCCAAUCCUCUUCUGUGGUGUUGGCCGACCGUCACUCCCGGAACAGGACUGAAAUACCAGCUUGCGUACGGAGACGACUCAACCGCGGAGGCAUGGCCACCACAAGAUCCAAAUAGAACAUAUACAUACCCAGAGCCCGACCAGAACCAUAAAUUCAGCCUCCCCUCCACUCCAUGGACAUACGAAAACGGCACACUCAAUCCGAACCUUCAGCCGUCCAACCCGCGCCUCCGCUCCUCCUCCACCCGCCGCAGAAAGCCCAAAGGUCCCGGAUACUCUUCACUGCCACCAUACCAUCCAGACUUCCACGAGGCUCAAGACGACGACGCGUACUCCGCCUCAGCGUCUUCCGCGGGAGGCGAGAGCGAUGGGGAGCAGGAGCAGGGCCUGGGCGAGGAUCCCCACCAUAUGUACGGGUCCUUCAGCGGUGUUCGCGUGCGGAGGGGCUCGGAGGGGUAUGAGGUGCAAUCCGCCGACAGGGACAAGAUUAUGCGCAGGUUCCUGGAAUGCCAAACGCGUGAACCUGGGAGGUACCAGCGCUAUGUACCGGAGCCUCCAAGUGAGUCGGAGACGGACGAGGAGGCUACACUGUCCCACAAGGAAGAAUAA